CUGCUUGAAAAAAAUGUUCCGCUCGAGUGCCAAUCCAGUGGAACAAAACGCACCUUAUCUGGCAGCCACUACUUACUUGACCAUUUUCCGACUACUAGUAUUCCUUACUAUUGAAAUCAUGAAGGCAUCUGCAAUUGUUGGAGGAGUCUUGUUGUUUUUGUUGGGGGCCACCAUGAGAGUGGAGGUGAAGUUCAUUACUACUGUGAAGGAAAAGGUAGAGGAGAGUGUUCAAGACCAACUGCUACAAAACACAACUACUCCUGUUCAAGCCGUCCCUGGAACCACAGAUAAGGAAGUUCCCAGUGCAGCAAAUCCACCUGCUGACCCUCCUACCGACAAAGCUGUGUUGCCCAGUCCUCCCAACAGCACAAGCGACAACAUCCAAACUACCCCUGUGGCUCCAUCGUCUUCUUCGUCUACAACCACCGAGGUUGCCACGAGCAGCCCUAACAGCCCCCAAAGAUCCAAUGCAGGUCAAGACAAACCACCAAUUUGCGAGGGUGGAGGGAAAAUGUCCUCAGACGCCAUUGUCAUGCUGAUUCAAAAGAAGCACAGUAGUUAUGCCGACGAUCACACUGUGGAUAUUGCGGGACCCUUGCUUUCAUUGCAAAGUGCCUACAAAGCAGUCCGCGCAGCAGAUGUAUUGUUGUGGCAUGAAGGAGAAUUUGCCUUGUCGGACAUACCCUUGGACAAGCUCCAGGGGAUGAAUGUGAGGCUUUGUAAUUUGAUGAAUGCCGAUGGAAUUUGGGGUCCUCCUCCUGGUGCUAUUGUUCCUCCAAAAAGCAAGAAAAUGCCAUGGGCCGUUGGCUACCGGAACAUGAUUCGCUUCUACGGAGUCACCAUUUGGAAUGUGUUGUCUGAGCUGGGUUAUGAUUACAUGAUGAGGCUGGACGAUGACUCCAAUUUCAUGUCACCCAUUCCGUACAACAUGUUUGAUGCUUUACGCAACCAGAAUGCUGUCUACGGAUACAGGCAGGAGUCCCAAGAAUGCGGUUCCAAGAAAUUUUCACCGUUCAUGGAUCGUUUCAUCAAAAAGAAUAAGAUUGUCCCCAAACACGGUGCCAUCGAGGGAUCCUACUGUGACAGCAAGAUUGGUCGAUUUGGCUACUACAACAACUUUUCUGUGACCAAAGUAUCCUGGUGGCAUGAACCACUCCCGGCCCUACUGGUCCGCAAAUUUGACGAGUCCAAUCUCAUUUACACAGACCGAGAUGGUGACCUAAUAUUACACACAGCAGUUGUCAAGCUGUUUGCAGAACCCAAAGAGGUCUUAAAGUAUGUGGACUGGACAUAUGCACAUGUUACUGUCAAUCAUGGCACAUUCGUGUGGGGUGGUGUUUCCUUUGGCACUGAAGACCAAGACAAUGAAGAACAACAAACCGCCAGAUUUCAUAAGUGGAUGGCACAGCGAUGGGGCAUCCGGGGAAAGGGUGUCACUGGCAAGAAGAUUGCGCAUAAACGAUGCCCCGUCACCAAUCGGCUAUGUGCUUUGUCCAACUGCACCAAAACUGGAGAGCAUGGACGAGAGUUCCAGAUAGGACCUAGACAUGCAGGGGCACCAUCAUGCAGUGCCUCCUAAGCUGCCAUUACAGACAACAAGUUACUGUGAGGAAACCCAAAACUUUGAGCGCUCACAGCCAACGAAGCAUUUCCCGGAGCCAAUAUUGAAUAAUAAAGAAGUAGCGUUUUUUGAUUAUGAAAGUACAGCUUUUGCCCAUCUUCGCU